UUACUUUUUCUCUUGAAUAAGUGAAAUCCCAGCAACCCUUUUAAGUUUUAACUUGAUCUGGAUUCUCGGGUUUCUCAUUGGCUAUCAAGUCUUCUUCAACACCAGUUGACUCUAAGCAAGUUCAACCUUAUUAUCUUCCGGUUGAGUUAAUGCUUGAAUAAAUUGUUCCCCGUACUUCAUCUGCUUGCUUGUUGAAGUGCAGCCCACAGAUCUUUUUGAGAUUCUGAUUGAGGUAAAAUGCGAGCUUUCUUUAUUUUGCCUGCAAUUUUGUGGCUCCUACUCUGCUCUCAAAGGGUGAUAUCGCAUGGGGACCAUCCGCUUGCUCGGAUUUCCAUUCAGAAGACAGUAGCUGCAAUUGAUAAUAAUGCCUCCAUAAGAGCAUUUCCUUCAACUCUUGGAGCUAAUGGGCUAAACCAAGAAUGGGUUACUGUAGAGUACAGCAUUUCAAAUCCAGCAAUUGAUGACUGGAUUGGAGUAUUUUCUCCCGCCAAUUUUAGUGCAGCGGCUUGCUCCGCCGAAAAUCGCAUGGUGUCUCCACCUCUACUGUGUAACGCACCCAUAAAGUAUCAAUAUGCAAAUCGCACCAAUCCUACUUACAAAAACACUGGAAAAGGUUCGCUGAAGCUUCAACUGAUCAACCAGAGAUCAGACUUCUCUUUUGCUCUAUUUUCCGGUGGAGUAUCCAAUCCAAAGCUGGUUGCAUUGUCCAACAAAGUUGCCUUUGUAAAUCCAAAUGCACCAGUAUACCCACGCUUGGCACAAGGAAAGACGUGGGAUGAAAUGACUGUGACAUGGACUAGUGGAUAUGGAAUCAAUGAUGCAGAGCCUUUUGUUGAAUGGGGUCUGAAAGGAGAUGAACAGAGACGUUCUCCAGCAGGGACACUUACUUUUGACCGCAACAGCCUGUGUGGUGCUCCAGCGACUACUGUUGGUUGGCGUGAUCCUGGAUUUAUUCACACUAGUUACUUGAAGGAGUUGUGGCCCAACGUACUUUACACCUACAAGCUGGGACAUCGAUUGCACAACGGAUCCUACAUCUGGAGCCAGAAUUACCAGUUCAGAGCAUCUCCUUACCCUGGUCAAAACUCCCUACAGCGUGUAGUCAUUUUCGGUGACAUGGGAAAGGAUGAAGCCGAUGGCUCCAAUGAAUAUAACAAUUUCCAACAAGGUGCCCUUGACACCACCAAUCAGCUUAUCAAGGACUUAAAGAAUAUUGAUAUAGUCUUCCACAUAGGUGAUAUUACUUAUGCCAAUGGGUAUCUUUCUCAGUGGGAUCAGUUUACAUCUCAAAUUGCACCAAUUUCUUCACUUGUACCUUAUAUGCUUGCAAGUGGCAACCAUGAGCGAGAUUGGCCUGGAACAGGGUCAUUUUAUGGCAACUUGGAUUCAGGAGGAGAAUGUGGUGUGCCAGUUCAAAAUAUGUUUUAUGUUCCUGCUGAGAACAGAGCUAAAUUCUGGUACUCCACAGACUAUGGCAUGUUCCGAUUCUGCAUAGCUGACACUGAACAUGAUUGGAGAGAGGGUUCAGAGCAAUACAACUUCAUUGAGCAUUGCCUUGCAUCUGUAGACAGACAGAAGCAACCUUGGCUCAUCUUUCUUGCCCACCGGGUGCUAGGUUAUUCUUCUGCCACAUUUUAUGCUGAUGAUGGAUCAUUUGCAGAACCAAUGGGGAGGGAGAGCCUUCAGAAACUCUGGCAAAAAUAUAAAGUUGAUAUUGCUAUCUAUGGGCACGCGCAUAAUUAUGAGAGGACUUGUCCCAUUUACCAGAAUAUUUGCACAAACAAUGAGAAGCACUUCUAUAAGGGUAUAUUGAACGGCACAAUCCAUGUGGUUGCUGGAGGAGCAGGAGCAGGCCUUGCAGAAUUUUCUACCUUCCAACCGAAAUGGAGCAUUUUCAGAGAUUAUGAUUAUGGAUUCGUCAAACUAACAGCAUUCAACCAUUCGAACCUUUUGUUUGAAUACAAAAAGAGCGGCAAUGGCAGUGUUUACGACUCAUUCAGGAUUUCUCGAGAUUAUAAAGACAUUUUGGCCUGCACAAUGGAUAGCUGCCCAAGUACGACACUGGCGUCUUAACGUUCUGAAUCCCAAAGGCAGCAAUUUGCAGAGACACCCUUCCGUGGAUGUUGUCCAACCAAGCAACGCGAGCAUCCAAAUAGUAAAAGAGAUAUUCUCUAUACUCAUUGUUUUGUAGUUCUCUUGGGAUAAUGGAAUUGCUGGUCUAGGGAGAUGAAUUUAAAUGAGUUUUAUUGAAUUCGAAGUACAAAUAAAAACUUCUCUGUUCUUUUCCAUAGGUAAUUCACUUUAUCUUUGCCUUUCAUCUUUGUGUCCCUUUUCAAAACAAUGGAAUUUUCUGACGUCCAUACAUGCCGAUGAUCGU